GUUCUCAUCUUCUAGCAUUUCACUUCUUCCUUUCAUUCUUUUGCUGCCACCAUGACUAAAUCAUAUUUGUGCAUCAUUUUUAUAUUGAUGAUUGUUUCUCAGUCUGCCUCCGAAUGCUAUACAUCCAUAUUUUCUUUUGGCGAUUCACUUUCGGAUAAUGGAAAUCUACUCGGCUUCUCAUCCCCAAAGACGAUACACCAGGGUCGCCCGCCCAAUGGAGAAACCUACUUUGGCCAACCUACUGGCAGAUGUUGUGAUGGUCGUCUCAUCGUGGAUAUGAUAGCUCAGAAUUUUGGACUUCCAAUUCCUCCGCCAUAUGUUAGUAUUAGGAAUGCAAAGAGCAGCAGGGAUUUUUAUGCUGGCGUCAAUUUUGCAGUAGCAGGAGCUAAAGCUCUGGACCCUUCAUUUUUUGACGAGAGGGGAAUUUCUGAAAGUGUCACCAACUUCACUUUGCGAGUUCAGCUGGAUUGCUUCAAAGACUUGUUGCCAUCUUUAUGUGGCACAAAAGCUAAUUGCAUGCAAUAUCUUCAGAGCUCGCUAACUGUGAUGGGAGAAAUUGGAGGCAACGAUUACAACCAUGCUCUUCUUCAAGGAAGAAGCAUCGAGGAGGUCAAAACAUUCGUUCCCGCAGUUGUUGGAGCCAUCAGUUCGGCCAUAACAGACAUGAUUCAACUUGGGGCGGCGAAUUUCAUAGUUCCCGGCAACCUACCAUUGGGAUGCUCGGCCGCCUAUCUAACAUACUUCCAGAACUCCAAUAGGGAUUACGACUACGACGAGGCUACUGGCUGCAUUAAUUGGUUAAACGACUUUGCAAAGCACCAUAAUGAGUUGCUCCAAAUUGAACUUAAUCGCAUUAGGGAGCUUCAUCCUCAUGUAACAAUUAUCUAUGCUGAUUACUACAAUUCUGCAAUUCGAUUCUAUCGCUCGCCAAAAGAAUUCGGAUUCACAGGAGGAACUCUGUCAGCCUGCUGCGGAGCUGGUGGCCCAUAUAAUUUUGAUUCAUCUGUGGGUUGUGGAGACCCGCCGACAACUGGUUGUCCUGACCCUUCCGCGUAUGUCUGCUGGGAUGGUUUGCAUCUGACAGAAGCAGCCAAUAGAUUAAUCGUCAAGGGUCUAUUUGAAGGGUCGUAUUCAGCUCCUCCCAUUAAUUUAAUUUGUGCUAAGUUUCCCUCUGGUGGGGGUCUUUCCCAUCAAAAUUAGGUCUGUGGAGAAGCAUUUUGUUGUUUCCCAAUGCCUUCCUCCUUCUGGUGGAAUAAUCUACAUUGAUUUUCAAGCAACUCCCACCAUUUAAAUAAGAUUUUGAGUCAAGAUAUUCAUGUCAAUUGAUUUUAAAAUGGAAGCCAGGUUCAUUAUAAACUAGCUUUUUCAAA